AUGGCUGACAAGAAAAAAUCACAAGCAGCCGGCGAUGCACCAGACAAGAAAAAGGAAGAAAAACAUGAUGAAUCGAAGGCAAAGUCCAAAAACAAAAGAAUCUCUGAAAUCCUUCCUGAACCAGAGGAGUUGCCUAAAACUGCUUCACAAAUUUUGAGAGAAGAAGCGGAGUAUAGAGCCAUGCUACGCAAGGCGAGGUUCAAGCGGCGCUGGCCUGAGGUCACGAAGGUCAAGAUUAAGACGCAGCCCUGGUUUCCACCCGGACCCCCCCAAAGGUUGCCACCGAUUGUAAUUGACUUACCGGAGGUAGUGAGAAGGAAAUGGGUACCACCGUAUUUGAGGCGACGACGGCGACGACGCAAGCUACUGCGGAUUCCUGCUGAAGAAAUGACCCAGCCGUUGUACGACUACGCAAAGUUGAGAAAGAUUUGGCACAACUUCGCUCAAGUGGAGAAGAAUAAAAUGAUGCUUCAGGGCAAUAUCGGUUGUAAUUCUAAGAAGUAUUCUUCAACUGCUUGUGGUUCUCAAACCGCCUGCAUCGCGGUAGUGUGUCGCGCUCUUCUAGAAGAGAAGAGCCCCGCAGAACUUAUAAGAAGAGAUGUCGAUGAAGUGAUUGAGUCGGGCGAUCGAUUCUAUAAGCAGUGCAUGCUGUGCCUCAAAUGUUAUAAAGGUAAACCGAGUUUGCAACUGAAUCAGCUUCUCACGUCGUUCUUCUUCAACGACAAGAAGUAUACAAUCAAGUUGUCGGAAGUUGAGAGAGGACUGCUCGCCAAACACCCAGACAAUAUACAGCCGGACUCGGAUUUAAUGGCUUUCAUGGAGAAAAGGAUCGGCAGUACGUACAUGAUGAUUCUAACAGCUGGCGACCGUCAUUUCCUUAUCUGGGGCUACCCUCCAGCACCAAAGUCUGGCAGCCAAGUGAAGACUAUCUGCUAUAUUUUCGACCCUCACAUGUUGGAUGAAGUUGGGCUUCCUCAUAAACUAUUCGGAGCUGGAGCCUUCCUCCGAUACGCAGGAAUAACAUCGUUUGUCGUGGACUUUCUCGCAAACUACGGUGAUCUUGAAACUGCGAAAACUGGCAAUCCGAAACCUGCAUUAACUUUGACAAAUAUUGAGGUUGUUCAAGUCGAGCCUCUUGAUAGAGUACCUCGUUAUGAAUUGGAUCUCAAGGCAUUGAAAAUUCACUGUAGGAGUGAAUGGGACACCAUGAAUAUAAAUGCGCUUAUCGAGAAGAAAAGAAAUGAGGGAAAAUAUCCGCUAUGUUCUCUCAGCGCGGUGAGCUUAGCUACGUCUAGGGCAACAUCGAAAAAGAAAGUCCGGGACUUCUACCAAAAAUCUCCAAAGGAACCACCUCCGCAACUGCCAAUUCCUCCGGAGCGCCCUCCAGCCGUUCCCACGAUUGAACAAUUGAUGCAGCUGCGUGGCGAGAACUUCUUCCUCUACUGCCCACGACAAGAUGGCCAUAAUUAUGGCAGAGAUGACAUGCUACCACGUCCAAAAUCGGAGACAGUUAUACAUAGUUAUGUGGACAUCGCUGACCAAAACUACCACUCGCAGUAUCAACAGAUUGACGUAGAGAAGUGGAUUCUUAGAGCCACGCGGCAUAUGGCUAGUUUACGAUAUUCAACGUUCAAAUCGUUCACGGGUAUAUCUUGCUGUGUGGCCGCGUUAGCGAUGCUUCGUCGUUUUCGUGCUCGAGCGUGGAACGAAGACAUCCUAGACGAGACCCUUGACCUCGGAUACAAUUUGUUUAGAGAAUCAUUAGUAGAGCUAGGUGGUCCAAUUCGGAGACUGGUUUUGGGAGAAUUGAAGGAGACCUUUAAGAUAAGAGACAGGGAAUAUAUUCGUAAGGAACGUGGAAUAGCUUUUUGGGGAAAACUGGUCUCCACUAAUCGGAAAGUGUUCGAUCUAUGUCGAGGCAUAGAAAAUUUCUUUAAAGAAUCUGAUGCUGGAGUUUUACAGAUUCCUGGUGAAAUUGAAACAGCAAUUUGGAAUGAAGGCGGUAAAUACUACGUGUACCAUCCAUGGCCCGCUGAUAGGUUUGGUUACAAGGUUAGUCUCCAAGGUGGCGGUAAAGCGUGUCUGUUGUACUUUGGAAGAAUUUCCCGCAUGUGCGACCACUUAAUGGACAGCAUGGUAGAUUUGAAACGAAAGCCGUUUAGCAUCUCCGAUGUCUACAUCGCUGAACUGCCGGACGUUAUGCCAGAACCUGUGAACAAACUAAAACCCGUGGCUGCCAACAAAUGGGUCUUAAGGGGCAGGUUUCACGAAGCCGACGAACGUUUCCCCGAAGAACAUCGAGGCAAGCAGGCCACGCCCGCGUCCAUCGCUGCAAUCGCUAUGGCGCACGUCGUCGAACCGUCUGCUUGGACUGAAGACGACAUUGAUGAGACACUCAUUCGGGGUGACAUACUUUACCAAAACACGAUAGAGAACUUGGAACGUAUGGGCAUCAGUUUGACCGACAGCCCAACGUCAAAAGAAGGCGAAGAGGGCGAGGAUGAAGAGACAAACAGUAGCGGUACUUUGGCUGCAGCUGAUGUACUCACUAGAUUUAAAGUUUCGGAAUACGAUUGUAUCGAGACUGAUAUUAUGGACAGCGCUUAUAAUGGGCAACUCAAUCCAGAACCAGGCAGUGGUAUACAUUCGCUGAAGGAAUCCCUCCGACAACUGUUCAAGGAUCACACUCACGCUGUGUUCACAGCUCGAGGCGGCUCCACUGCUAUCUGGAAACAUGAAGAUAGUUUCUAUUUCUUCGAUCCCCAUGGCUGCGAUGAGAACGGUGUUUUGUCUGAUGAUCUACGCGCAGCAGCUUGUCUAGUUCGUGUAAAGGGCACAGAAAACGACCUCGCAAAUGUUAUCAUGGGAAACUUGGCAUCCGGAGUCGAUGAUAGUUUUAAUAUCUCGCCCGUUUCUGUGACUGCUAGCAAGCUCAAUGCUGAGAUUGGGGCGCCUGAAAUGAAACCAGAUAAUAAAGCAUUCCAAUGGAUAUCCAGAGGCACUGCUGCAAUCUUGAUGGGACCACGAGGUCAGAACACAGCCAUUGGUAAAGCUGCAGCAAGAGCUGGAAUUGGAGACGACGACAUGGCGGGGCGCACGUUGGCUCUACCAGCAGCCGCAGCGUUUGCCGCCGCUACGGAAGCAGUGCCACCGCCGCAUAUGCACCAGGAUCACAUGUUUAACUUUAUUGAUGCCGGAGUAGAUUACUACCUCAAUCAUGUAAAGAAGACGGGACGCAAAACAAUUGAGCCCGAAGAUUUGACUGAAAAGUUUGAAAUGGGGGCAAACACAUUUUCUAUUGAACUUGAGGAACCUAUUCGUUUGCCAUUGAGACUUCCUGAUGAACCAGCUGGGGAAGGUGGAGAAGAAGAAGAAGCUGGCGAUAAAGAUGAAUUUGGAGAAGAGAUUGAAGAAGAGGAGAAGGAGCCACCCAUGAAACAAAUCAAGGAUGCUCUGUUCAAAAUGUGGUACGAUCAGUUGAAGCCUACUUCUAUAUCAUUGCUUGUGGGUGACUAUCAUCAGAUGGGAGUUUGGAUGUCGGCUGGUGGAAAGGUGGUUGCUUUCGAUCCAGCACCUACAGUGUACAAAGGAAUGCUAACAUCACAAAGAAUUAAAAAAGGUGACGAGAUCCGUCUACAACGUUUAAAGGAUGAGAUGUCUGGUGAAGGUGGUGGCGGGGACGAAGAAGAAGGUGAUGAAGAAGCUGGCGCUGAGGGUGAAGAACAACCUGAACCGGAGCCCGAAUUUGUGCCACCGGAUUCGUGCCCCGCUUUGAUUGUUGCCGCCAGUCCGGGAGAAUUUAUUGAUAAAUUAACUCUACAAGGUCCAUUGGACAGGAAGCAGUGUCUUGCCCCGUACAAACUGUAUCCGGUGAAAAUCAUCAACGAACUUACUUCUGUGUUAAAAGAGCGAAAACCUGGAGCUCGCAAGGGUGAUAAUGAAGAGGGUGAAGGUGAAGAAGAAGAUACACUUAUUGAUCCGUUGGAUGAUGUCGCCAUCGGCAAGUAUUUUACGAGGUUGAGUCGAGCGGUGGCAUCAGUGCGCGGGCGGGUGGCGCAGAAUGAAAACUAUUUCCUUGAUCAACCAAAUAGAGAUAAUCAGGAUGCAGCUAAUGCAGCAAUGGGCAUAAUAGUAGACCACAUAGAGCCACACAUCCACUGGAAGCCGAAUCUCAUAGACGCUAUAUUGAAGUACGGUGAUCGACUGUACACCAUGUCUCUGCCCAGAGCCGAUGCUCCACCUAGACUUACUCCGUCUGAGAUUGAACCGGAGUUUCAUGUUACGAGUUUCAAUAUAAAAUUGGAGAUUGAUCCGGAUGUGGUGCAUGGUGAUAUCAAAGCUGGCAAUAGCGGAGCUGUGCUGAACCUGCGCAGGGGCAUUCUGAAGUUUUUUGAAACAAACAAAUACGGAAUCCUGUGCGCAAAAGACUAUUGCGUCGGAUUGUGGCGGGGGGUCGACGACAACGCUUUUAGUCUCUGGGAGCCCCAUGCGGUGGGGCCCACCGGCUGCAUUUCCCCAGGAGGGGGCGCCGGGCUCAUACUGUUAGCGAGCGCCGACCAAGUCGCUGACACUCUGAAAACCACCAUGGAUAAAUUGGGAAGACCAGGCUCCAACAAGUUCUCAAUAUCAUCAGUGAAAGUGUUCUGGGAAUUGUCAAAGAUUCCCACGACUGUCACCGCACAAGGCGCCGUCCCUGACGAAGGAUAUGAGUGGAAGGUAUUGACUGCGUUUGUGGAAACUGCUCGCGGUCGAACUAUUCUUCGAGGAUCGCGCCCUCCUGAUUUAGUCAAAUUCACCCGCGACGCCCUCCUGCAGUCGUCGUGCGGUGCGAUAGUUAGCGCGUGCAUGUCGCACGUCCGAAGGCCUCACCUGUGGACUCGGAACACUGUCGAUGAAGUCAUGGCCGUCGCCUGCCAGCUGUUCGCCAAGUCGCUGAACUGUUUGGGCUACGAGUUCAGGCCUGGAGAAGAUGUGCUACUGCCCCUUCAGGUUUUAAAACGAUUUGUUUUGGGCGUCAACUACGUUCGGUACGAUCUGCAGCAUGUUUUCUCUGGUAAACUGGAACAGAAGACGCCUACUGAGAUGACUGUCAGAUGUGCAUUAGAGCGUUUCUUCGAGAGCCACACCCACGGCAUCCUGUGGUCUAUUCCCCACGCGGUGGCAGUGUGGCGCGUGGCGGGCGCUCCCUCCUACUACAUGAUGGAGCCCCACGCGUGUGGACCCACGGGACUUAGGAUCGAUGCCCAGGACGAUGGAGCUGCGUGUGUUUUAACAUUUACUUCGCCAAAACUGAUGGCGUUUGCUUAUCUGCAAAACGUGCCAGUGACAGAAAGACCGAAGCACGACUUCCAACUGUACGCGAUGGCUGUGACCAUUCAACCAAUCAAAAAACUGGGUGGCGUCGAUCCGCCCUUGGUCCGGGCGCCGCCUGGGGUGACGCUUGUUCCAGCUACUAGUAAAGUAAACAUAGAAGGUAAGAAACGUCGCGCCGACGAGAAGGACAGGAAACAUCCUCCCGGCAGCGCAACUUGCAUAGACGCGCAGAGAGCUUCCGAGAAGAAGGACAAAGAAAAUGCAAGACUGAAAGGUCAACGCAACACGAGCGGUUGGCUGGUGCUCAGCGACGGCACGCAGUACCUGUCGGCGCAGCACUCGAUGUGCUGCCGGAAGUUCCCCCACGCAUCGCGUGGAAACCAGGCACUUGCCUGUUCUAUCAUGGCGGUCGCUAUGUCGCGGGUAGAGGAUGUGUGCCGAUGGUGCUCGUCCACCCUCGACCAGAUCCUGGAGAGUGGGGACCAACUCUACCAGGACAGCUAUUUGCACUUCCGACCGCCGACCCGAAUACUGAGUAUUGAACAGAUCCUACGUAAGUUCUACACACCAGGCAACUGCGUGUGUCGUGUUGUGGUGUACGAGCCUAGGCAAAACGGCGUCGUGGAUACCGACCUCGAUCAUCAGAUUGCAGAAUUCUUUAGUGAAGAGAAAUCUGGUGUUUUUAUCGCUGGCAAGGCUGGAGAGUUCGCCGUGGCACUGUUCAGAACCCCAAGAGGCUAUUACGUAUUCGACCCAGCGGAUCGGGAUCGGUACGGUCGCGCGGUGGCGCCACCUUGCCGCGGCCUCGCGCGCGCUUGCUUCUCCGAGUAUCCUAACAUUAAAAGUUUAUCGAAGAAGAUGGCAGCCAACAUUCCUCCUGAUGUUAGAUACGAGGAACAAGACGAUAAUACAAAAGUUCGUUUUGAAGAGUCUGCGAAGUUUUUCAUAUACGGUAUGGAUGUGACAAGCCUUCGUCGAUUGAAUCAACAUGAACGAUAGUUUUAUUAAAUUUUUUUUUUCGUUACAAGAAUACUAUGAUAAUGAAAAGUGAUCUUAAAGAAAUGAAAAUGCUUUAUUGUGUCUGUUAUUCAUUUUGUUGGAUGUGGAAUUAAAAUACGGUUAUUAUUGCGUCUUACUUGGUAACAAUAUGUUUUUUCUUUACAUAUCUUGAGUUAUAAAUUGGUUGUUUACUGAAUUAUAGUAAUUUUAUUAAACCAACGCUUUC